AAGGCAGAAUGCAACACUGUCCCAUCACCGUUGGCAUCGCCUGUCCGUCACCAAAUACGUCUGAUGUCGUCCCAAAGUACGAAGGCGACCAACAGUUAUCAUCAUCAGCCGGUGAAGAGAAGAGUUUCGAUCACCCAAUUCGAUAUGAAAUCCAGCUUCAACAAAUUUGAUGCUUUGCAGAAGAAAAGUUUGGCCAACUCAAAAUCAAGCAGUGACCUGAAAUCACCAGAUGGUACUAAUGGAUUGGAAAAUGAAAAGAAAUGCAAAGGCUGCUCUCGUGUUGUUUUCCAGAUGGAACAAAUUAAAGCCGAAAACAGAGUAUAUCACAAGAACUGUUUCAGAUGCAAAGAUUGCAAUAAACAACUCACUGUGGAUACAUAUGAAAGCCACGAGAGCGAACUAUAUUGCAAGCCUCACUUUAAAGCAUUGUUUGCCCCGAAGGUGAUCGAAGACUCUCAGCCCAAAGUACCCCGUAAGCACGAAAUGAUUAUAAGAGAAAAUCAGCCCAUGGAGUUGCCCCCGGAUGUUGUUAGAGGUCUGUUAGAUCUUGCGCGUGGUGUUGUCUUAACAUUUUUUUUUCAUAACAUGAUUUUUGAAUUUUUCCAAUAAUGCCUGAUUGCUCGUUAUAACAAACUUGUUUCCAAAAAGGCAUGUUGAUUUUUCUUUUUCUAGAAAGAUGAGAGAAUUGAAUGGG